AUGGCUCCAUUCCCGCAAACCACUGCAUCACCAUCUUCACCAUCGCCGGAGCCGCAAACGCCUUCUGUGCUUCCCGGUCUUAAGCGCGGCAUAGCAGUGGGCGUGGCUUCAUCUGUGUGUCUGAUCCUCAUCGCGCUUCUCGCUUUCUUCGCUCUGCGCCGCCGCAAUAAGCGCAAGGCACUGCAACAACAAGGCCACUCCCCAGAUAUCAAAGAGCUUCCCGCGUGGUCAGAACAGAAGAGCAUCCCACCUCCACCAGAAAAGCAAUGGAUCCCAAUACCGCCAUCACCCAUCGAGGCCGACACUCAGACCAUACAUGAACUAGAGGCCAGCCCAGUCCCCGAACUACCCACUAAGAUCCACGUACCUGGCGCCCAAGAGCUGGACACUGGAAGUGCAGACAACAACAAGAACGCCCUGAACCGGAAAGACAUUACUACGAGGGAGAGUGUCGGGCGUUACGGAUCAAGCGAGCCACGCUACAGCGAUGUACCGACUUUGCGAAUCUCACCCCCUGAGAUGUCGCCCCUGAGCACCGCAUCCCUACUUGCCAUCAGUCCUUUGACUGUGAGCCCCCUUGAGGAGGCUUACCUUCCGCAGUCGCCACGUUCGCCGCGAUCACCGCAGCAUUGGAUAUGA